AUGGAGGACUUGACUGCCGUGGAUCUGUCCACGAUUGGGGGGAUAGCGACGGUAUCGCUGCUUCACUCUUUCAUCCCCACGCAUUGGCUCCCCUUCUCUAUUGUUGGGCGCGCGCAGAAGUGGACGCUCUCUAGGACACUACUCGUCAGUGAGUUCUCUUGUUUUUCUCCUCGUUUUGGGGUUGGGGUGUGGAAUGAAGAAUUCAGGAGCGCUGCGUAUGUCGGCGGAUCCGGCUGUCGUGAUUUGGGAGGCAGAUACUGGAGACGCAUGCCCAUUACCAUUUGUUGAUACCAGAAAUACAACCCAUGGCAAAUUCAAUCGUAUCUUUCGAAUCUUGAAAUGUCUCCUUUAAUUGAAAUCUUCUUGCACUUAGCAACUCUUUCACGAUUCUUAAUUUAAAAGUGUCAGCAUGUUUAUAGCUUCAUUCAGUAUAAUAUUUUAUUUUAAGAAUGGAUAUUUGCCUAUCUCAGCUGUUCAUAGAUUUACUUGUCAUGUCCAUAGAAGAGAUCUGCCGCUAAAAAUUGGAUAAAACCUCGCAUUAUACUAUCAAUAACUUUUAGUCUAGUUAGAAAUUCAGAGCACUAGUCUUAAAAUUUAAUUUUUCAUCUGAAAUCGUAGUUAGGGAAAGGGCUUGCAAUGCCAGAAAAUAAUGAAGACAUCGGAUAAAAUCUCUUCAUUGCUUUCUGAUCAACAUGAAUGAUUGACAUGACUUGAGUAGCUUCUCCUUCCGAAUGACACUCUAUUGGACAACAUGAAGGAGAGUUCGGUUGAGUGUUGGAGAGUUCUUUUGGGUGUUGGAGUGCUCAUUUGAGCGCUAUCUUUUAACUUUUGUUCAUAUAUGCAACUACGCGAGAUUUGAUCCCUCUCCAUAGUAAUAACUAGAUUGGAGCCUGAAUUUAGCAAAAGAAUAUCAAUAAGGUUUACUUACCUUGAGUUUUCAGCGUUAGUUUCUUUGCACUGCAUUUUCUUCUUGGAUUAUUACUAUCCGGACAUUGGAUAUGGUAGGACAGGUGCCAGUAAUUUUGGAUGCUUGUAAUAAGUUGGAAAUAAAUGCGAAGUAGCUGUCAUAACUAGCAGGGGAGUAGAGCAUUCCUUGUUUUGCUGUCACGUUGGAGUUUCGGAAGGCACAUUUUGUUCAUUAUGAUAUUUCUCAUUAGGUGAGAAGAGCCCUUGGAAACCUGGUUAAGGGGGGCCAAGAUUCACUUCAAACACUCUACCUUUUGAAUGGUUGGAAAUCUGAAGGAUGGGCGUUCCAGUUCGCUGUUUCCGUAGUUGUUGGGGAAGUCUCUUUUUCUAGACAAAUAACGCUCUCUUUGUUUUGCCUUUAGUUUCAUACAGUUUUUGGUUUCUAUUCUACCUCGUUCCAUGUCUGAGAUGUGGAUGUUGUAGGAGCAAACUAAGAAAUUCUAUAAAAAUAAAUGAAUGUCCGUUAUUAUGAAAGACGUGCUGACCUCUCUCUGUACUUAUCCUGCAGCUGCAUUUGGUGCUGUUCUUCAUGUGAUUUCUACAUCACUCCUGGGUAUCACUGCCGUCACCAUGGCUACUACCAUCGCUGGUGAAGAAACAGUUCACAGGCUUGCUUCCUUGUUGCUUCUAGCUCUCGGUGGAAGUUACAUUCUGUUAUUUGCAUUCGGAAAGGGAGGUCACAGCCACUCUCAUGGCCACCCCAUGGAGAAGAUGGCUGUGGCUGGUCUUGUGCUCGUGCCAGCUUUAUCUCCCUGUGCGACGACACUUCCUGUGUUCCUUGCAGUUGGAAAUUCAUCCUCCAUGAUAGCGCUUGCUAUCAUAGUGCUGCUCUUCAGGUAUUCAAACAUGCGUUAUACUGCACGUCAAUGGUAUAAGCUUUGAAUUUCAUUUUCUCCGAGUUCUUCCGAUAGUUUAUCAGCCUCAUUUUCUAUAUCCUACAAGUAUAUUUUGUAAGUUUACUGAGAAUAUCUGGGCAAAUGCUGCCAUAUAAUUUAUUUUUUAAUUUAUUUUUGGAUGGCGUGAACCUGAGCGCUCUUUGUAGAUUUUCUGUGGUACUUGCUAGUAGCCCGUGCAUUCCCUUCACCCAGACUUGGUGCCCAUGGUUACUGAGCUUAGGGCCUCACUUCCUAAAAGAAGCUUUCCUAGUUCAGCUACCUAAUAUUCUUCAGCCCAUUUCCAGAAAUGUGAACCAAGGUAUUGAUAUCAGACUAGUAGCUGAUUCAAUCAUGCUCAAGCCUUAUUGGGACAGGGAUUGUAUCACCCAUAUUGGUUCAUUCAAUAAACCAUGUUCGUCUAGCGAUCUGGGCCGCCCGGACUGGGUUAGCUUGUCUGAGAAUUGGCAAAACCAGGUAUGAGCCAAGAACAAUCCGCUGCUUGUGGCCCAUUUAAAAAAACUAUCGAGAGGCAACUGGGCUCCUCAAUUUCCUGAAUCAGAUAGGAUAUGCUGACUCUUAUCCAGACAGGAAUCCGCCGCUCAUUCUCGAGAUACUGUGUUUUGGUCAACAUCUGCAUAAAAUCUCAGCUAUCUUGAGCUUCGAUUCCCAAUAAUAGAAAUUCCAUACCACACAAAGGGCAAUGCGGCUCAUUGUUUCCAAACAUUAUUUCUCUUUCACCAUUCCCCAAUGCCCACCAAUUGUCUCUGAACAUACAUAGAGUUUUUUCUUUAAGAUCAGUAUGAUCCAUUUGGGAUGAUCAAAAGCCUGACUGGAUAUCCCCUUCAUUUUUGCAGCACAAUCACUGUCAUGACCUCGCUGGUGGCCCUUUCCUUCUAUGGCGCCAGCCAGCUCAAGUUCCACUGGGUGGAGCGCCAUGACAAGCUCCUUGUGGGCUCGGUGCUGUGCGCGGUCGGCGUGCUGACCUUCAUCUUCCAUGACCAUGAGAAUGGAGGUGGCAGCCACUCCUCCUCCUCUGCGGCGCACCUGCACAGGAAGUUCAUCAGCCUGUGA